AUGGCUCACGCCGCCGGUUCCCCCAGGAGGGGGACGUGGUUCCCCCACCCGUGGGAUCUGGGCUGCAGCAUCCCCAAGGCACGGGCCAUCCCCACACACGCACCAAAGACGGCAUCGAAGUGUCCUCCAGUGGUGCCUUGUAGGUUCUACGAGAAGGUCCAGGCGCUGCACCAGGACCCCAAGGCCUCGGUGGACAACCCCUUGCUGGCCUUCAGCCUCAUCAAGCGCCUCCACUCCGGCUGGCCCAACGUCGUCUACAGCGACGAGGCCACCAGGAACACCCAGGCACUCCAUGCUGGCCUCGGGGAGGUGGAGCAGGAGCUGCCUGGAGCUGAGGACCUGGAUGGGGCAGCCAGGGCGCUGAUGAGGCUGCAGGACGUCUACGCACUCAGCGUCAAGGGCUUGGCCAGCGGCGUCUUCCAGAGAGCCGGGCAGCCGCCCCUCUACAGCCCCGGCCGGCGCGUCCCCCUCUCUGCCGACGACUGCUUCCACGUGGGAAAGGUGGCCUAUGACACAGGUGACUAUUACCACUCCAUUGCGUGGCUGGAGGAGGCUGCCAGCCUCUUCCGCCUCUCCUAUGGCAGCUGGAACCUGGAGGACCGGAGCAGCCUGGAGGAUGCUCUGGACCAUCUGGCCUUCUCCUACUUCAUGGCUGGAAACAUCUCUCAUGCCUUGAGCCUCUCCAGGGAGUUCCUCCGCUACGAUCCCAGCAACCAAAGGGUGUCGAGGAAUGUGGCCAAGUACAAGAAGCUGCUGGAGACGGGGACGGGGGCAAGUGCCAGCCCCCUGCAGCGCCCCAACAGCACCCGCCUGCAGAGCCGUGACGCCUACGAGGAGCUGUGCCAGCGCCCCAGGGGGCAGGCGGCCCCAGAGCAGCUCCUGCAGCUCAGCUGCUCCUACGAGACCAACAGCAGCCCCUACCUCCUCCUGCAGCCUGCCAAGAAGGAGCUGGUCCGGAUCCAGCCCUAUGUGGCUCUGUACCAUGAUUUCAUCACCGAUGCUGAGGCUGAGACUAUCAAGGGGUUGGCAGGGCCCUGGCUGCAGAGAUCCGUGGUUGCCUCUGGGGAGAAGCAGCAGAAAGCCGAGUACCGGAUAAGCAAGAGCGCCUGGCUGAAGGACACGGCCGACCCCGUGGUGCGGGCGCUGGACGCGCGCAUCGCCGCCGUCACCGGGCUGGACCCGCGGCCGCCCUACGCCGAGCACCUGCAGGUGGUCAACUACGGCCUGGGGGGCCACUACGAGCCGCACUUCGACCACGCCACGUCCAGGAAGAGCCCCCUGUACAGGAUGAAGUCGGGCAACAGGAUCGCCACCAUCAUGAUCUACCUGAGUGCAGUGGAGGCUGGAGGCUCCACUGCUUUCAUCUAUGCCAACUUCAGCGUGCCCGUGGUCAAGAAUGCGGCUCUUUUCUGGUGGAACCUGAGGAGGAACGGGAACGGUGACGGGGACACCCUCCAUGCCGGCUGCCCCGUCCUGGCCGGGGACAAGUGGGUGGCGAAUAAGUGGAUCCAUGAACACGGGCAGGAGUUUCGGCGGCCGUGCAGUGCUGACCCACAGGACUGAGCCGCCGUGGGAUCACAGACGGGAUCUGCAGGGGACACAGCGUCUCCCCGAGGGAGGGAAGAUGGGAGGGAGCAGCGGGGCAGCGGGCGGUCGGGAGGGGCCCUUGCUCAACCACGGCCACAUGAGGUGGAAAUAAAGUCAAAAGACACGAAACCGGGGCGUGCUCUGGGGUGCCAAACCCGGUCCCUGGGGCUCCCAUCUGUUUUGGAAUGCCAAAAUCCAGUCUCGGGAAGGAGGCAGCUCCUUCCAGCCGUCCCGGCCCCCGCCUGCCGGCACACAAAUUCCCCUUCUCCGCCCCGACCGCAGCUCCGACGACACUGGAAGGCACGGAGCAGGCACCGGGAUCACGGCGGGC